CCCACACUCACCUACCUACCUCUCUCUCUCUCUCUUUAACGCGGAUACACGCUCCGAGGACCAGGACGCGUUUAUGGUCCUGGCUGAAGAUUCCACGAUGUCUCGUACGGACGAGGUUCACCGCAUGACGGAAAAUGUCUACAAGACCAUCAUGGAGCAGUUCAACCCCUGCUUACGGAACUUUGUUGCCAUGGGGAAGAACUAUGAGAAGGCCCUUGCCAAUGUGACAUUUGCUGCCAAAGGCUACUUUGAUGCUCUGGUCAGAAUGGGUGAACUGGCCAGUGAGAGUCAAGGAUCCAAAGAUUUGGGGGAUGUGCUGUUCCAGAUGGCUGAGGUCCACAGACAGAUCCAAGUGCAGCUCGAGGAGAUGUUGAAAUCCUUCCACAACGAGCUGCUCUCCGAGCUGGAGAAGAAGGUGGACCUGGACUCUCGUUAUCUGACUGCUGCCCUUAAGAAGUACCAGACGGAGCACAAGAGCAAAGGGGAGAGUCUGGAGAAGUGCCAGGCCGAGCUGAAGAAGCUGCGCAGGAAGAGCCAGGGCAGCAAGAACCCCUCCAAGUAUGGAGAGAAGGAGAUGCAGUUUGUGGAGACCAUCAGCAGUAAGCAGACUGAGCUGGACACCUUCAUCGCUGAUGGCUACAAGACGGCCCUGUCCGAGGAGCGGCGCAGGUACUGCUUCCUGGUCGACCGCCAGUGCGCCGUGGCCAAGAACAGCAGCGCCUACCACGGCAAGGGCAAAGACCUCCUGACCCAGAAGAUUCCAGUGUGGCAACAGGCCUGUUCGGACCCCAACAAGCUGCCAGAGAGGGCCAUGCUGCUAGCCCAGCAGAUGGGCUCUGCCUCCAUCGGGGGCACGAGCCCCCUGCAUACCUCCAAAUCCAACUUGGUCAUCUCGGACCCCAUCCCUGGAGCCGUGCCGCUUCCUGUGCCCCCCGAGCUGGCCGUCUUCAUGGGCAGUGGCCUCGGGCACCCAGCGAGGCUGAUUGGCCCGGAUGGCAUGUCCAUGGUCAACGGGACAACAGGAGCCCAUGGGGAGGAGUUUUGGACAGAUGCAGGGACGAUGUCCGUGGCUCAAGUCCGGCCUUCGUCCCCUCAGACUCAGGCACAGGGUCCGCCCCAGUCUCAGCCUCAGAGACAGGUCAGCGAUGUCUACUCCAACACCCUCCCUGUGCGCAGGCCUGCCCCCGCCAAGAAUAAGAACCCUGUGGGUGAGACACGGACCCUUCCCAGAUCCAGUUCCAUGGCUGCAGGGCUGGAGAAGAAUGGGCGCGCUCGUGUCCAGGCCAUCUUCUCCCACGCCGCCGGGGACAACGGCACCCUGCUCAGCUUCUCCGAGGGCGACGUCAUCACCCUGCUCGUGCCCGAAGCCCGGGACGGCUGGCACUACGGGGAGAAUGAGAAGAACAAGAUGCGCGGCUGGUUCCCGUUCUCCUACACGCGCGUGCUGCCCGAGAGCGACAGCGAGAAGCUCAGAGUGAAUUUGCACCACGGGAAAAGUAGCAGCACAGGGAACUUGUUGGAGAACGACGGAUCGCUGCCCACACCUGACUACGGCCUGACCGCCCGGCUGCUGGCACAGAGCUUAGCACAGACCCGCCCACGGCCCUACAGCAUGGCAGGCUUUGCCCCACAGCCUGCUAUUGAGGAUUAUGACGGCCGCUUUGCCACAAGUUUGGGUCCAGAAUUGUCCCAGUUCUGAGGGAACAGGACCUCCUGACCGCGCCCUGGAGGUCUACCUCCGGCCCACCUUCCAUGACGACCGAUCUGCACCCAUCUUCUACUAGCGGCCUGCUGUCUCCUUUCUGUCCACCCAUGGGCCCUUGUUCCUAUAAGGGGAGAAAGGAAUGGGGCCGACGCUGGCAUGUUUUGAAGUUGUGUGAUUGGGAGAAAAAAAAUAAAGAAAACUUUCCUCACUGGACAUUUUACUCUACUAAGAACCUAGUUUAUUUGCUGUGGUAAUUCACUCUUGAGAAUUUCCGGUCAGUUCUCCGGUCGUGAUUAAUUUGCUUCAACAGACUGAAUGUCUGAGCCUGAACAUUCAAGUGUGGCGGUAUAGAUAUUAUUAGUUAUUUAGAUCACACCAGUUGUGGAUGAGGUAUGGCGAAUAGGUUUUGUACUAGCGAUGCUCUCACAAUAUUAUUUAUCUGCACUUCUACUAUGGGAUUUUUUUUUUUCUUUCUUUAACACUGUAAAUUAUGUUUUAGGAUUACUUGCAUUAAGGAGCAGUGGAGGCACACUCUGCAGUAGUUGUUUUAAGUGAGGCUCGAGGGUGAAUAUAACACGGUGGGUUCAGUGAAUCACUGUUAUAUGCACUGAAGACACAAAGUGUAGACUGGAUACUGCCACAGGAAGCUAGAACUAGACAGUUGCUGAGUAAACUGUUAUUCUGCUUUUGUUAAGUGAUAUAGUAGCUCACUUUAUAUUUACUAGUUGUGAUACAGUACACCCAGAUGUGGGAACUGUGCCUUUUACUUUUACUUUUCUUUUCGGGGCUCCAUACAGAACUCAUUCUGGAAGCUGGGAUUAUUUGCCCUUUUGUGUUUGCUUGUAAUGUCACUUUCUGAGAUACAGCGCGUACAUAGUGGGUCAUUUUGUUUUUAGAUAAUUAGCUUUGCGGGAGUGGUAGCUUAUCAGAUAAGGUACAGUAUUAUCACAGCUUAUGAUCAUUCUCAGUAUUAUAAACUCAUCCGGGAGAGGAGCUUGAGGCAGAGCUGUUUAUGCAUGUGUGAGAGGAUAGUAAGAUAAGUUGUGGAAAAGCAAGAAUGUGUAUGGAUGUAUGAACUCAAGUUCCUCUUUAGCCUGCAAUAAUUCAACACUUAAAUCAUGAAAAUCAAUUUCCCAUGGAUGAGUCCUUUACACUGACUGAUAUGAUCGCGCUUUUAUUACACAGCUCAUUCGGGGAAACAAGUUUCCAAUGCAUUUUUUACUUUUUAUAUAGCUUUCUGUUCGUCCAUUUCUCACCUUGGUCCCUGUUUGUAUUAUAUCUGUUACUGUACAGAAAGUGCAUAUAAAUUAUCCUGUCCAAAAUAAAUCUAAAUGGGCACAAACUUCA